GCAGGGAGCGCGGAGGAUGCGGACAUGCGGUUGCUGGAGAGGUUCGCCGUCGCUCAGGCGCCGCCGCCCAGGCCACGGCGUGGUUCUCCUUGCCCUUGCUUGUCUGGGAAUGAGAUCGCAUGAGCGACGAGCUCUGAAACUUUUGAAUUUGAAAUGACCACGCCUUUGCUCGCGGUGGCGUCGCACCCUUGAUAACGAGCGGUUUACGGCGCGUGCCGCUCCAUGUCGUCGCGCCUCGGCUUCUGCACCCUCGAGCCGGCGCUCGCCGCGGCGGCCGAGGCGCUGUUCCGCUCCGGCUCCCCGCCGCGCGCCGUCCUCCGGCGCGCGCGCGCGCUGCACGCGCUCCUCGUCGUCUCCUCCCUGCCCUCCGCGCCCCGCCCGGCGACCUUCCUCGCCAACCAGCUGCUUGCCCUCUACUGCCGCCACUCCGCCGUCCCCGACGCCCUCGCCCUCCUCCGCUCCACGCCGUGCCCCACCGUCGUGUCGUACAACACCGUCCUCUCCGCGCUCUCGCGCACCCCGAGGCACGCGCCGAACGCUUUCGGGCUAUUCCGCGGCCUGUACGCGUCGGGUCUCCGUCCCACCGCCCCCAGCCUCUGCGCAGUCCUCCGCGCCGCCGGUGCGCUCCGCGACGGUCACGCGGGCGCCGCGGUGCACGCGCAGGCCGCGGCGCUCGGCUUCCUCGCUAGCGACAUUGUUCCGACUGCGCUCCUACAGAUGUAUUCUGGGUGCGGGUCGCCGAGGGACGCCAACCAGGUGUUCGACGAAAUGACAAUGCGGGACGUGGUGGCGUGGAACUGCGUGAUGCACUGCAACGUACGGUAUGGCUACCUGGAGCGUGCACUGAGGAAGUUCUGUCAGAUGGUAAGCUUUGGGCUGGCUCCUACAGAAAGUACGCUUUCUUCAGUGCUGAGUGGGUGCGGGCGCUCUAGGGACUCGCACCAUGGGCGUGCACUCCAUGGAUUUGUGGUGAAAUCAGAGGAGCUUGAUCUUGAUUUGCCACUGCAGAAUGCACUGCUUGAUAUGUACUGCUGCUGCCGUGAUCUGGACACUGCGCUGCAAGUGUUUCAGAGGAUCGAGACACCAGACUUGGUGUCAUGGAACACCAUAAUUGCUGGAUUUUCUGGCGUCGGGGAUGGAUGGAGUGCUGUGCAGGCCUUUGUGCAGCUCAAGGCUGUGUCCUGUGAACAGCUUGCUCCUGAUGAGUAUACACUUGCAGCUGUGGUGUCUGCUGCCGCUGCAUUACCAGCAAUGUGUAGUGGCAAGCCGCUUCAUGCUGACAUAAUCAAAACUGGGUUGGAGAGCAGUGUCUUUGUUGCGAAUACACUAAUCAAUAUGUAUUUCACAAAUGAGGAGCCAGGUUCUGCUCAGAUUUUGUUUGAUUCCAUUAUGGUGAAAGAUGUAAUCAUGUGGACUGAAAUGGUUGCCGGCCAUUCAGCACUAGGUGAAGGAGAAUUGGCCCUGAAGUAUUUUAUUAGGAUGCUGGAGGAAGGGCACAAGGUUGAUAACUUCUCACUUAGCAGUGCUUUGAACUCCUCAGCAGAUCUUGCAGGCCUUAAGCAAGGGGAAAUGCUCCACGCCCAAGUGGUAAAAUGUGGUUAUGAAAAAAAUAUCUGUGUCUCUGGAAGCCUUGUAGACAUGUAUGCAAAAAACGGUGCUCUUGGAGAUGCCUAUUCAGUUUUCUGUACCAUACAUAAGGCAGAUUUGAAGUGCUGGAAUUCUAUGAUAGGAGGAUAUGGCAAUCAUGGGGAUUAUGAAAUGGCAUUCAAACUAUUUGGUGACAUGAUUCACGGUGGGCUGCUGCCUGACCAUGUAACCUACAUCUCUCUCCUUUCUGCUUGUAGCCAUUGUGGACUGGUUGAGAAAGGAAAACUUUAUUGGUCCUGGAUGAUCACUGAUGGCAUUGUGCCAGGGUUCAAACACUACACUAGCAUGGUGAGUUUGUUGAGUAGGGCAGGUUUAUUGGAGGAAGCAGUUGAUUUAAUUAACAAAGCCCCUUCUGCCAAGAGAUAUCCUGAGCUAUGGAGAAUUCUACUGAGCUCUUGUGUGACAUUUAAAGAUUUGUCCAUUGGUGUUCAUGCUGCUGACCAGGCAUUAGAGCAGGAUCCAGAUGAUAUCUCAACACAUAUACUGCUUUCAAACCUCUAUGCCUCUAUAGGGAAAUGGGACGAUGUGUCUGCAAUUAGGAGAAGGAUCAGAGGGCUGUUGAUUGAAAAGGAGCCUGGGCUUAGCUGGAUUGAGAUUAAGAAAACGGUCCAUGUGUUCUCUGCAGACGAUGAAUGCCAUACUCAUAUAGAUGAUUGUCGUGAUGAGUUGCUUAGAAUAAAGGGAAACAUGGGAUUGUUGGAUAGUUGUGAAAAUGAAUUAGUGUCAAAUGGCUAAGUUGCCAUGAACUGAUUUCAGUUAAACAGGAGUUGUCAUGCUUUCCCUCAUGACACUAAGAAAGAUGAUGUGUAUAAUUAAACAUUUGAGUGUAACAAAUAAUGAAAAGUUGCAUAUCAGCACUUGAUCGGCUA